AUGGAAUGUCGAAUAGAUUAUUAUGGCCUCGCUCUCGGCCAGGACCAGAUUCGUCUCAUCAAGCUUUACCCUCACGCGCAGUCCAAUCUCUCAGCCACCACUAGAGAGACGGAAACGGUGCUCUGUGAGCUCAACACCUACAGCCGUGGCAGCUGCCCUCCGUAUCAUGCUCUGUCCCACGCCUGGCAGCAUCAUGAUACCACCCUCCAGGUCACAAUCAACGGUACCGCUUGCCAAGUCGCUGAAACAGUCGAGAAGGCUCUCCGGCAACUCCGUCACAGCCAAAAGAAGGUCUACGCAUGGGUGGAUCAGGUGUGCAUCAACCAAGCCGACAAUGAGGAAAAAGGACACCAAGUCCAGCAAAUGCAUCAUAUUUAUGGUGAAGCAAACACAGUUGUUGCCUGGAUUGGCAUGCCUUUUCGCGAUAGUGGCUUUCUUUUCGAGUUCCUGGAGCAGAUGGGAAUUGCAAUACUAAAGCGGCAGUGGAAAAAGCUCGCAAAAUUGGUCGAUGAGGUUAACUGUUCUUCCAUGAAAGAGGCAUUCAGACUUUUCUGCCAGAGACCCUAUUGGAAACGCCUAUGGAUAAUGCAGGAAUUUGCUGUUUGCCCCGACGUUCGCAUUGUCUGCGGAGACUCGACUAUGGGUGUGGACAGCAUUGAUGCAGCUUUCAUGGCGCCCGAGUUCCUAGAGGAACUUCAAGAACAACGUGCCAUGCGCAAAACCGUUGUUAACAAGAUAACCGAGAUAUUCUACCCACCGGAGCGGAGUUUUGUGGAUAACGUUAUUACAAGGCGUCAGCGAUUUCGCCCCCAACCCGGCACCACCAGAAACGAGGGAGACCACUUCUUCAGAGUCCUAGUCACUAGCCUUGUUUUGGAAUUGGAUUACAACUGGCCGAUUGCUUCUGAUCCGCGAGAUCGUGUCUUCGCGCUCCUGCAACUUGCAUCUGGCCACAGAGAAUUUGACGAGAAUUUCGUGGGCUACUGCAAGACCCUAGAGCAAGUCUACCAUGAGACAACAAUCUCAUUUCUGAAGCAGGGGCAUAUCGACGUGUUAUCAUAUUGUCAAUUCCCCAAACGGCUGACGUCCUUGCCGUCCUGGGUUGCAGAUUGGAGCAUGGAAGUUCGCAACCCUUCUAUCCAAGCGCCUUGGUUCAGCAAAUUCAGCGCCUCGGGAGACACAAUGUCAAAACAAAACGUCUUUCACCCACAGCCCGGGCAAGUAACACUAUGUGGAGUAUCAAUCGAUACUGUCAGAGAGUAUAGUAAUACUUGGGACCCAAACUGGUCACAACCUUUGGAUCGAACAGCAGCAGCAGCGUUUGUACCCGACAUCCUGCAGCUAUGUAAAAAGUCACCCCGAGCUCGCUUAAACGAGGAUGAGGGUGUUAAUGAGAGUUGGUAUGGUCAAGGGUUGUGUCCGAGUCACGUGGCAGUUGGCGACGUGGUUUGUGUCUUCUACGGCGGCCGGACGCCGUACAUUGUGCGACCCCAGAGAGAUGGCGCCUACACUCUUGUUGGGGAAACAUAUAUGCAUGGUAUUAUGUAUGGGGAGUUUCUGAAAGGGGAUCCUGCGAGCGAGAUAUUUACGCUGCUGUAG